UUUCACUUUUUUUCAGAAAUCGACAAUGGAGCCUGAGCGCAUGCUCUCGCCUCAGAGACACGCUUCGCCGCAGGAGCCGCCAAAGGCGGGCGUCGUGUUUGACAAGUUCAAAAAGUCCAAGGGCGACAACCUGAUUGCCAAGGCCCCGAAGCGCCAGACGUCGUCGCGCUUCCGAGCAACGGCCAAGGUUGAGCUCGAAAAGCUGAGCCUGCUCAAGGAUGUCCCGCCGACGGAGCGGGAGGCCCUGUUUUGCCAAAAGCUGCGCCAGUGCUCGGUGGGCUUUGACUUUUCAGAUGCGCUCAGCGAUCUCCGCGGCAAGGAGAUUAAGCGCGCAUCGCUCCACGAGCUGGUCGAGUACGUGACCAACAACCGGGGCAUCAUCACCGAGGCCGUCUACCCGGAGGCCGUGAGCAUGUUUGCCAGCAAUCUCUUCCGCACGUUGCCGCCUUCUUCCAACCCCACCGGCGAUGCGUUCGACCCCGAGGAAGACGAGCCCGUGCUCGAGGCCUCAUGGCCCCAUCUCCAGAUUGUCUACGAGUUCUUCCUGCGAUUCCUCGAGUCGCCAGACUUCCAGCCCAACAUUGGCAAAAAGUACAUUGAGCAAAAAUUCGUCACUUCGCUCCUCGAGUUAUUCGACAGCGAAGAUCCCCGUGAGCGCGACUUUUUAAAGACAACGUUGCAUCGCAUUUACGGAAAAUUCUUGACGUUGCGCGCGUUUAUUCGUCGCUCGAUGAACAACAUCUUCUAUCAGUUUAUUUAUGAGAAGGGGCACCAUAACGGCAUUGCCGAGCUGCUUGAAAUCCUCGGCAGCAUCAUCAAUGGAUUUGCACUUCCGCUCAAGGAGGAACACAAGGUCUUUUUGACGCGUGUCCUCAUCCCGCUGCACAAAGUGCGAUCGCUUUCACUGUACCAUCCUCAGCUGGCGUACUGCGUUGUCCAGUUCUUGGAGAAGGACCCAUCGUUGACAGAGCCGGUUAUUAUUGGCUUGCUCAAGUUUUGGCCCAAGACAAACAGCCCAAAGGAAGUCAUGUUUUUGAGCGAAGUCGAGGAAAUUUUGGACGUCAUUGAGCCGAUCGAGUUCAAGCGUAUUGCCGAACCUCUGUUCCGACAGCUCGCUCGAUGCGUUGCCAGCCCGCAUUUCCAGGUGGCCGAGCGUGCACUGUACUUUUGGAACAACGAGUACAUCAUGAGCCUCAUCAACGACAACAGCGAGAUUAUUUUGCCCAUCAUGUUUGCUUCUUUAUACAAGAAUUCCAAGUCGCACUGGAAUCGAACCAUCCACGGUCUUGUCUACAACGCCCUCAAACUGUUCAUGGACAUGAACCCUCGUUUGUUUGACGAAUGCACCCAUCAGUACAAGAGCGAGCGACAAAGAGAAAAGGAGAAGCUCGCCGAGCGUGAGCAAAUGUGGCAGCGAAUUGAGAUUCUUGCCAAGACUGGCGACAACAACGGGCCUCUUCGAAACGGCACGGUGCGCGAGGGCAAGGCUUCAUCUCGAGCCCGAUCCGACUCGCUGUUUUACCCUGAGGACGACAUUGACAAGUUGCGAGACGAAGUGCAGCCUCUUCGAACAACCGAGGUCGAAGCUCCUGCCAUUUUCAGCGCCGGCAUGCGCCGCAAGUCUGUUCUUCCGCAAGACAUUGAUGUCGCUCUCGCUAUGGGCAAGCACACGCGCGCAGACGCCAUCGACGCACCAUCUGAUGACUUGCAGCAAGCUGAUUCGGAGCAAACGGCCGCCUUCGAGUACGAGCACCCGCACGACUGUGCUCAGACCGACAACGAAGCGGACGAAGACGCAGCCGCUGCUGCCGAGGCGACCGCACCCAGCACCGCCACACCAGCUACACCAGCAUCCUCGAGCUCAGCCCCAGCACCAGCAGCAGCAGAUAGCCAGUAACGCGUUCACAGACUUCCACUGUUCCCCACGUCGAGCUCGAUCGUCGUUGUCUUCUCCGCACCUCCUUCUUGGCUCGCUUGUAUUUUGCACCAGCUUUUUCUCUUUCUUUUUUUCAUCUCGUUUCAUGUAUUACGACGGGUUGCCUUCGUUCUACUAAUUUUUCUUUGCUCCCCUCCUCCCCUCCUCCUUUGUCAAUCAAAUCUGUCACAUUCGUUUGGUUCUCUUUUGUGCGUGUGUGUUUUUUUUUCUUCUUCUGUUCUUUCGGUUGUUUAUCUUUGCUCUCCGAUCCGAUCUCUCCAUUUUGUGUGUCGCUAGUGUUGUCAGUUUCAAUUCAACCAUUACUUUUUGUAAAACACCGACGCGUCGAUGAUUACAG